ACCUCUGUCAGCCAUUCGUCAACCCGUUUGAAGGCGGACAAAACCUCACAGACUCUUACAGACAACUUUUAAAUAUGCACGGGACAUUCAUGGUGUUGCUUCCUCUCAGCAUGAUCAUCAUGGUUGUUGGGGGACUGAUGGGGUUCAUCGGCCUGCUGGCCAGAGCUUACCUACUACUGCUGAUGACUGGUGUAAUGCUACUACUGGGAGCUCUGUCCUCACUAACAGGGGUGAGUGUGUACAUGGCCUACUCUGCUGCAGUCUUCCAGGAGGCUCUGUGUCUGGCUGAGCAGAUGGGGGUCAAUAUGGAGGGGGUCCAGAUCCUGUUUGGCUGGUCUCUGGUCCUGUCCUGGAUCUCUAGUGGAACACAGCUAUUCACCUCCGCUGGCUUCCUGCUGGCCUGCAGAACCAUCACUACACAGAGACAGGAACUGAAAUUAUGAGACAUGGAGGGAGGGGGAGAAGCAGGAGGAGAGAGAGGGAGGAGGCUUCCUGCUGGCCUGCAGAACCAUCACUACACAGAGACAGGAACUGAAAUU